GGAGGAUGGAACGCGAUUCGGGAUCCUGCAGCAGCUUGCAAAUGCAAUGAAGUGAUUGAAAUAAACGCCAUGGCUAAGUGUGUACUACAGCUAGCUGCUGGCGGUUUGCACUGGGAGUACGUCUUUGGAAAUCCCCGGCUCCGGAAUUAAAUAAAUGAAAGUGAAAGUGUGUUUGUUGAUUUCAGCUGAAUGGAGGCUGGCGAAACAACCGCCAGCAAACAGAAGAGAACAGUCAAACUCUGAACAUGCUUUGCAAUGUAGUUGUUCUGUGCUUUUGGCUGCUAAAUGCAGGCGGCUUCUCUGCCUCCUUCACCCUGAGGCAGUCAGGGAGGAUGGUGUGCACCUUCGUGGAGGAGCAGUACCACACGGGGGAGAGCGGGGGAGCAGAGGUUCCCCUCCAGAGGAAUGUCCUGCUGCUGCUGAACAGCCCUGACACAGAGGAAGAGAGGGCAGCCAGGGCCAGGGAAUUCCAGCACGGAGGGGUCGUCACAUUCCUGGUGAAAGACCCGUCUCUGCAUGUGUCCCGGCACGCUGACGAGGAUACGGACAGGCUGCAGUGUGAGAUGAAGAGGUACAGCACAGCGGGGAUACACGUGCCCUGGCCUGGGGCAGGAGGAGCCGAGGCAGAUGCCCCAGACAACUGGUUCACCUGCACCAUCAAACACAGAGAAAACCAGUUCAGUGUGACUGCCUUCCUCAGACAGCCUCCCUCCCCUGAGAGCGAGCUGCGCUUCGGAGACACGGACACGCUGCGUGUGUCAGCCGUGUUCGCGGUGCGCUCCGGUCCUGCCGUGGUGGAGACGGCCCUGCGGCGCGACGUGCGGCUGGACUGCGGUUUCUCCGUGGACCACGCGAGGCCCGACGUGACGGUGGAGUGGCGGCUGCAGCUGCGCGGGGAGCGGAGGAAGCUGUUCUCGUAUGCGUCCCGCAGCGGGCAGGCGGAGCGGCUGGAGGGGGAGGUGUCGGUGGCAGAGAUCCCCCGGGGGAAUGCCUCGCUUCGGCUUGCCGGCGUCACGCUGAAGAGCGAGGGCACCUACAUCUGCUCCGUCUACGUGCCCCCGCUGUACAGCAGCCAGGACAUCCAGCUUGACAUUGUGGAGCGCCCCAGGGUCUCCGUUAGCCCCUCCUCGUCCCUGACUCUGCAGGAGGGGGCGGAGGAGAAGCUGGCGUGCGACAUCGAUGGCUACUACCCUCUGGACGUGCACGUGGAAUGGCUGCGGGAGAUCCCGGGGGAGCGCAGGCUGCCGCACGUGGUCAAGCACAUCCUGUUCACCAGCCACCGCCACAACCCGGACGGCACCUACGGGAUCUCUGCCUUCUUCCUGCUGCGUGCCUCGCUGCAGGACCACGGCGUCGACUACACCUGCCGCGUCUCCCACAAGUCUCUGCGAGUCUCAAUCCGCAAGAGGGUGCGCCUGGCCGUGGAGGCUCGUCCACAGACUGGUACGAUCCUACUUAUAUGUCUAUUCACCGUUCUUCUAAUGAUAUUGGGAGUUAUGUUGAAGCACCUUCACAAAGCAAGACAAACGAGCAACAAGAGGAAACCCUACUAAACAGAGAGAAUGAAGAGUGCAGCCGAAGUGCCUGGAUUUGUUUCCUUCCUUCUGUCCCGAGCUCCAAGGCUGAGCUCAGAGGGGUGGAUCCACUCUCUGCGCCUCAGAACUGCCACACACUGCUCUGCAUCAGGUGAAAGAGUGGCAUUGAAGGAACAGCACCUUGCCUUGCCGGCAGUGUAGGUUUACUUGUUAUGAAAUUGGCUGUAAAUAUUUGCAUUUGACUGUACAGCAUUUCAGCUAGAAUGGCAUGUCUGGUCCUAGGAAGUGAAACCGUUUUUUAAGUUGGCUUAAAUAUUUUACAGAGUGUUUGAUUUAGAGUGGGUGAAAUGAUUGACCUUGAUAAAUAAUAAAAGUAUUUAAAUUAUAAA